GUCAUACGUUCCUUGAAUACAACAAUAGAAUUCAAAUUCAUGGGAAAUCUUACCUGAAGAGACGUGGUUGAUCGGUUCUCCUCAUUGCAGCGGGCUGAAUCACUGAAACCCCCUUAGCCAACGCAUGUCCAUACAGCGCUCCUCUUUUUGGGAAUUGAAUAUCCACCUUCGACCCACUACUGGCCACUCUGGGUUGGAAAUUGUGGGUAUAGUCAUCCUUGGAUGGGACGCUGCCAUUUUAUAACGUCGACUGAUCCUCGAUCUGCCACUGUUGGAAACUCUUUAUCUUCAUUUCCUUCUGUUUACGUGCUUUGAACCCUUCCACUGUCCACUUGCUUUACCGUAAAUCUUCCGAAACACUCCGUUGGCACGAAAUUUCAAAUCACUACAAAUUUUCCAAUCAUGUCGCGCACGAGAGUCUUGCUGGUUGGAGCAGCCGGUGAGACUGGCGGCUCAAUCGCAAAUGGACUCCUUGAGAACCCAAUAUUUGAAGUCUAUGCGCUUGUUCGUCCCCGAUCGGUCCAAAAACCUGCCAUUGUUUCCCUUCAAGAACGAGGUAUCCAAGUGCGCAAAUGCGAUCUGAGAGGCUCAGAGGAGUCACUCGCCGAAGCACUUACAGAUAUCGAUAUUGUCAUCAGCUGUGUCGGCCCCGCCGAACAACAAGACCAGAUUCCUCUUGCAAAGGCUGCGAAGAAGGCCGGCGUCAAGCGGUUUGUCCCAUGCGGAUUUAUCACAGUGGCUCCGCCCGGCGGCAUCAUGUGGUUGAGAGAUGAGAAAGAGACUGUUUACAAUCACAUCAAACAACUCUGGCUUCCGUACACCAUUGUCGAUGUUGGUUGGUGGUACCAGCUUUCGUACCCUAGACUCGAGUCCGGACGAGUAGACUAUGCUAUGACCACGGCAAACAACGAGAUUGUGGGGGAUGGCAACACCCGCACUGCCUUGACAGAUCUGAGAGAUAUCGGACGCUACAUUGCCAGAAUUAUCGUGGAUGAUCGGACAUUGAACCGGAUGGUUUUCGCGUACAACACAGUUGUGACCCAGAACCAGAUUUACGAUUUGCUCGAAGAGAUAGGCGAGGAGAAGAUUCAAAGAAACUAUGUUUCGGAAGAGACCGUCUACACUCGAGUUCUUGCGGCCCGCCAGUCUAGCGAGACCUAUCCCUUUGACCCAGUGAAGUUCAUUCCUCGAUACCUCGCCGAAUACCAAUUGUCCUGGGGUAUUCGCGGCGACAACAACCCGGAAUACGCGAAGUAUCUGGGCUAUCUGGACGCGAAGGAGCUCUAUCCCGAUUUCAGACCAACCGACUUCCGUGAGUAUCUCGAGUCGGUUGUUAGAGGCACCGCGAAGGGUAUCUACACAGACCGUACCAUCUCGAGAGCUCAGCAGCGGGAAUUCCCACGGACGGAGUCUAGUGACUCGCUGUACACUCGGAUCUUCCCCAGGGCUGAGUCAAGCGAUUCGCUAUACAUGAGCAGAUAAGCGGUCCUUUCCAUGUCGAAACAAGUAUCAGCGGCGACAGAAGGCGACGCUAGACGUGCCCUGUGAGCCGCGCCACGUUUCAUGUAUUUACGAUUUUGCGUCGUCCGGGGCAGACUGGCUUUGCUCUGGUCCUGAGACUCGCCUCAUUGUUUCUCCUCUUAUGUGAUUCACCCCUCGGUUUUUAGACUGUGCUGGCGUUUGACUUGUAUUGAUGUCUUUAUUAUCCUUUUGUCCCCUUUCUAUUCUAGACGGCUGGCUAUAGGGGAAAGUCGGGAAACAAUCAUUGAUACCACCACCUCUACUUUAUGACCGGGUCCAACAAAUCAUAGAACUGUGUUUUUUUCUAAGAUCAACCAUCUUCAAUC